AUGCUUGCCUUAGGUGCCGCCUUGCAUGCCUCAGGUGCUUGCAUGCCUCAGGUGCUUGCAUGCCUCAGGGAGACGAGGGGCGCGGGCAAGCUGUCGGACGCGUGUGGGGAGGCGGUGUUGGAGGCGGAGGAGGAUGCGGCGGGGGACUUCCGCAUGGACCCGCAGCUGCACGCCCUCUGCUCCAACGACGCUGCUCGCCUCUGCAAGGACGUGCCCCCGGGCGAUGGGCUCGUGCAGGACUGCCUCAGGCAGCACCGCAGCAGUGUGAACUGGGACUGUCAGGCGGAGCUGUUCCGGCAGGAGGUGGAGAACGCCGAUGACAUCCGCCUCAACGUGCGCCUCUUCAAAGCGUGUCUGGAGGACAAGAGGCGGUUCUGUGCGGACGUGGUGCCGGGGGAUGCACGCGUGAAGGACUGCCUUGAGACGCACCGCGAUGACUCCGACUUCUCCAAACCCUGCAAGGAGGAGGUGGAGAGGAUGAUGGAGCGCCGUGCCUCUGACUUCCGCCUUGACCCCGGCCUGCGCAAGUACUGCCACCGCGACAUCGUCGAGACGUGCUACCCGGAUGCGGACGACAUAAGCGACGUGGCGUCGUGGGACAGCCGCGUGAUAGAGUGCUUGCAGGACUACCGGCGGGAGCUCAAGGACCCGCGCUGCCGCCAGCAGGUGCACCUGCUCACCCAGAGGGCUGCUGAGGACAUGCGCUUCGACCACCCGCUGCAGCAGGCGUGCCAGGAGGACCGAGAGGUGGUGUGUGCGGGGGUGCCGGACGGGCAUGCGCGGGUGUUCAUGUGCCUGCAGGAGAACCGCCAGAAGCUCAAACCCGUCUGCCGCACCGCACUCUUUGAACAGGAGAUCCGGUACGCGGAGGACAUAGACUUCAAGUUCCCCAUGCGCCAGGCGUGCCAGGACGAACUGCAGCGCCUCUGCAAGGACGAGAAAGGUGGUGGCGACACGAUAGAGUGUCUGCAGCAGCACGUGGAAGAUGAGGACAUGGGGCAGCAGUGCAAGGCGGAGGUCAAGAAGGAUGAGGAGCGCAGCGCUCACGACUUCCGCCUGAACUACAAGUUGAACCGUGCGUGUUUCAGCGACGUGCAGCACCUGUGCAUGCACGCGUGCGAGCCCAAAAACGACUCCUUCACCGCCGCUGCUGCCCCCUCCGGCGACCAGUGCGGUGGGCGCGUGCUACAGUGCCUCGCGGGCAACGCGUCCCUCAUCGCCAGCCCCGAGUGCAAGGAGGAGGUGGCGUACUUUGAGCGGCGAGAGGUGGGCGAUGUGAUGCUCGAUGUGCCGUUGCAGCGCGCCUGUGUGGACGACAUCGGAGCGCUGUGCGGGCUGCAGCGCGACCACAGCAAGGUGCUCUCGUGCCUGCGCCAGCACCGCGCACAGCUCAAGCCGGAGUGUCGCGACGAGGAGCUGCGGUUCUCCGCAAUGGAGGCGUCGGACAUCCGCCUGACGCCCUCGCUGAUGAACGCGUGUGGCUUGGAGCUGCAUGCCUUGUGCCGCGGCGUGCCGCCCACCGAGGGCAACGCCUUCCGCUGCCUGCAGACCAGCCUGGCCCAGGAGAGCAUGGGGGUGGCGUGUCGUUCUGAGGUGGCGCUGCAGACGGUGCGCGAGUCGCAGUUCUACCUCGCUGACGUGGCGCUGGCGCUGCAGUGCCAGGUGGACAUCGCCAAGACAUGCAGUGCUGCAGCCAACAGCACGGCGGAUGGCGAUGGGGAGGUGAUAGCGUGCCUGGUGCAGCACUAUGAUGGGCUCUCGGGGAAAUGCCAGACCGAGGUGGCAUACCUGGUGCGCAUGGCGCUGUGGGUGUACCACCCCGCCAACAACCUCACCAUGCCGUGCGCUGCUGACAUCGCCGCCCUCUGCCCCAACGCCACCUCCUCCCCCACCAUCUCCACUGCCGUCUCGCAUGCGGUGCAGGGGGUGGUGGUGGCGGCGGUGGGGCAGUGCCUGGUGGACCAGCCACUGGCGAAGCUGAGCAACGAGUCGUGCCGCCAGCUGGUGGCCGUGGUGGCCGUGGCGGGCGCACAUGUGGGCGGGGUCGUGGACGAGGCCCGCCUGGAAGCCACUCUUGCUGAGAUUGCCCAGGUGAUGACGCUGGUUCAGCUGGGAGCUUUGGAGCAGCAGCAGCAGCAGCAGGGGGAGGCGGGGGGUAUGGUGCUGACGGGGUGGACGGCGCUGCUGGCAGUGCUGGCGCUCUCCAUGCUGCUCAUUGGUGCAGGCCUCUACGCCCACCACCGCUUCUUCAGCCCCACACGCGACUACACUCUCGUUGUGCAGGAGGGAGGUGUCAAGGAGGGGGACGUGUGA